AUGCCCAUCACCGUUGUCGCCAAGUGCAAGGCCGUUUCUGCCGAGGCUGCCGAGAAGAUUGCCGCCGCCCUCACCGCCGAGGGAGCCAAGUUUGCCCAGGACGGCAUCGACUUCACCGUCACCCGUGUCUUUGCCGACGCCGACGCUGUCAAGGGUAAGAUAACGAUGAGGGCCCACUAA